GCAUGAGAACAAGGGAGGGAACAUUGAAGAUGUUCAGUCAGUUAGUUCAGACUCCAUGUUGAGUGAACGGAGCAGAAGAAGGAAAACUAGAGGCUGAGGCAGUCUUGCGUGCAGUUCCUGUGUUUGUGAGCUGACAAUCAGAAUUAGUGGUUUACAUCCCACACUGAAUGAAGUCCAGAGGAUGAGUGAUUGUGUAGAAGAAGAGGGGGACAGAGAAGAGUCUUCAGAAUCCAUUUCUUUGAACAUUGACCGGUCCAUAGAUCAUCCUCCAGCACUCAGUAAGGAAUCUGGACCUUCAACUACAAGAGGGAGGAUUAGGAGUGAUGUGUCUGUGGAGGAGCAGCUGUCCAGCUGUGCUCUGUGUCAGGACGUCCUGAAGGAUCCAGUCUCUACCAGCUGUGGACACUGGUUCUGCAGACAGUGCUUCACCUCAUACUGGGACCAGUCUGGUUCAUCAGGAGACUCCUCCUGUCCCCAGUGUGGACAAAGAUCCAGAACAAGACCUGGACUGCAGACAGCCAGUCAGACCAGCACUGAACAAACAGAUAGUGGUCUGCAGGAGGUUUUACAUCAACAUAAGAUCAGUCUGAGGAGCAGAUGUGAACGUGUGACUGAAGGAACUGAUGGAACAGGAAGUGGAACCCUCCUCAACAGGAUCUACACUGAGCUCUACAUCACAGAGGGACAGAGUGAAGAGGUUAAUACCCAACAUGAGGUGAGGCAGCUGGAGACAACUUCCAAGAUGGAGACCCUCCAUGACACUCCAAUCAGAUGCCAUGACAUCUUUAAAGUCUUACCUGAGCAAUGGAGAGAAGACAUCUUUAAAGCAUCACCUGACCAGCAGAGAACCAUCAGAGUGGUUCUGACCAACGGCGUCGCUGGCGUUGGAAAAACCUUCUCAGUGCAGAAGUUCUCUCUGGACUGGGCAGAGGGCUUGGAGAACCAAGAUGUCAGUCUGCUGGUUCUGCUUUCGUUCAGGGAACUGAACCUGAUCAGAGAUCAGCAGUACAGUCUUCUCAGGCUGCUCCAUGUUUUCCAUCCAACAUUACAGAAGGUCACAGCAGAGCAGCUCGCUGUCUGUAAAGUUCUGUUCAUCUUUGACGGCCUGGAUGAAAGCAGACUGUCACUGGAUUUCAACAACAGGAAGUCUGUGUCUGAUGUCACACAGGAGUCAUCAGUCAACGUGCUGCUGACAAACCUCAUCAGGGGGAAUCUGCUUCCCUCGGCUCUCGUCUGGAUAACUUCCAGACCUGCGGCGGCCAAUCAGAUCCCUCCUACAUGUGUGGACAGGGUAACAGAAGUACGAGGCUUCACUGAUGCCCAGAAGGAGGAGUACUUCAGGAGGAGAUCUAGUGAUGAAGAGCUGUCCAGCAGAAUCAUCUCACACAUCAAGACGUCCAGGAGCCUCCACAUCAUGUGCCAUAUCCCAGUCUUCUGCUGGAUCACUGCUACAGUUCUGGAGCACAUGUUGACCACAGACCAGAGAGGAGAGCUGCCCCAGACCCUGACUGACCUGUACUCACACUUCCUGCUGGUUCAGACACAGAGGAAGAAUAAGUAUGAUGAGGGACACAAGGAAAAGAAGAAGAAAAAACACAAGAAACAGCUGACGGAGGCUGACAGGGAAGUUCUUCUGAAGCUGGGGAGGCUGGCGUUUGAACAUCUGGAGAAAGGAAACAUCAUGUUUUACCAAGAAGACCUGGAGCAGUGUGGUCUUGAUGUCACAGAGGCCUCGGUGUACUCAGGACUUUGUACUGAGAUCUUCAGAAGAGAGAGUGUGAUCUUCCAGAAAACAGUCUACUGCUUUGUUCAUCUGAGCGUUCAGGAGUUUCUGGCUGCAGUCUACAUGUUCCACUGUUACACCAACAGGAAGACAGAGGUCCUGAAGGACUUCCUGGGAGAAGACUUCAAACACUGGAACUCGAACCCCGAGUCUCUUUUCGGUAGGAUUUGUAAGAUUCUUGGAACAAAUGACACCCAUGACCCUUCUCUGGAUGUCUUCCUGAGGGGAGCUAUGGAGAAAUCACUUGAAAGCAGAAAUGGUCACCUGGACCUGUUUGUUCGCUUCCUUCAUGGCCUCUCUCUGGAGUCCAACCAGAGACUCUUAGGAGGUCUGCUGGGUCAGAGAAAGAACAGUCCAGAAACCAUCCAGAGGACCAUCAACAACCUGAAGAAGAUGAGCACUGAUGAUAUCUCUCCUGACAGAAGCAUCAACAUCUUCCACUGUCUGAUGGAGAUGAAGGACCACUCGGUUCAUCGGGAGAUCCAAGAGUUCCUGAAGUCAGAGAACAUACCAGAGGAGAAACUCUCUGAGAUCCAGUGCUCAGCUCUGGCCUACAUGCUGCAGAUGUCAGAGGAGGUUCUGGAUGAGUUGGACCUGAAGGAGUACAACACAUCAGUGGAGGGACUACAGAGACUGAUUCCAGCUGUGAGGAACUGCAGGAAGGCUCGACUUCCUGGUUGUGGACUCUCAGAGACUCACUGUAAAGUUGUGGCCUCGGCUCUUAAGUCUAACCCCUCCCAUCUGAGAGAACUGAACCUGAAUGGAAACGAGCUGCAGGAUUCAGGAGUUAAGCAGCUGUGUGCUGGACUGGAGAGUCCCAACUGUAGACUGGAGAUUCUGAGAUUGGGUGCCUGCAGGUUGUCAGAGAUCAGCUGUGCUUCUCUGACCUUAGCACAGAAGUUAAACCCCUCCCAUCUGAAAGAACUGCAGCUGAGUAGAAACAAGCUGCAGGACUCAGGAGUGAAGGAGCUGUGUGGUUUUCUGGAGAGUCCAGACUGUGGACUGGAGACUCUGGGACUGUGGUCCUGUAGUUUGUCAGAGAUCAGCUGUUCUUCUCUGGCUUCAGCUCUGAAAUCCAACCCCUCCCACCUAAGACACCUGGAUCUGAGCUACAACAAGCUGCAGGAUUCAGGAGUGAAGGAACUGUGUGGUUUUCUGGAGAGUCAAGACAGUAGACUGGAGAGUCUGGGAUUGAUGGACUGCAGAUUGUCAGAGAUCAGCUGUGCUUCUUUGACCUCAGCUUUGAAGUCCAACCCCUCCCAUCUGAGAGAGCUGCACCUGAGUGAAAACAAGCUGCAGGAUUCAGGAGUGAAGCUACUGAGUGGUUUUCUGGAGAGUUCAGAUUGCAGACUUGAGACUCUGGGAUUGUGGUCCUGCAGUUUGUCAGAGAUCAGCUGUGUUUCUCUGGCCUCAGCUCUUAAGUCCAACCCUUCCCAUCUGAGAGAACUGGACUUGAGCGGAAACAAGCUGAAGAUUUCAGGAGUGAAGCUCCUGUGUGAUUUUCUGGAGAGUCCAGACUGUAGUCUGGAGACUCUGAGGGUAAACAACAGGGUGAUUAAAGCUUCCAGAGACAAAACCCGUGAGUCUGAUGCCAAACUGGACCCAAACACAGCAGAGACAAAGCUGCAUGUGUCUGUGGAUGACACAAAGCUGAUGAAGCCUCCAUCAAGCUUCACACCUGAACUGCACACUGAAUCUGCACAAGUCUCCUACAGGUUCAGGUGUCCUGGUCCAGGUGGGUUCCAGUGUACUUUAACUAGACUGGUGUUUGUUAUGGAUCAGGAGGCUGAGCUGCUUUACAGGACUAUCCAAUGGGAUGAGAGUCUCCUCCAAACAGCUGGCAAGACUGCUGCAGGUCCGCUGUUCAAUAUCCAGUGCCAUGAGGAUGCUGUCUGUGAGCUCCAUCUCCCACACUGUGUAACAAAGCAUGAUUUGCAACCUGAAGGCCUGCUGUCUGUCGUUCACAUCAGUGAUGAUGGAAUCAGCAUCCUCGAACCACUUGAGAUCACAGACACUCAUGUGAUCGUCAAAGUUCCUCAUCUCUCUGCCUUUGGCCUUGUCUGGGCUUUGGAGAUUUUUGGGAGGUUAUGGAACAACAUAAAACCAAUUACUGGCGAAGUUCUGCUGUUCCUCCGACCACCGGAUAGUGGGCUUGAAGUUCUCGAUGUUUUUCUCCUGCCAAGCAACAUCCCUCUGCCAGAGGUUGCCGCCCAACAAGGAGAUGCUGAAUACAUCAAAAUCUCCUCCGACUGUAAACUGAUUACUGGUCAAAGUUACAUUAUUCACUGUGAACCCGAGGAGUUAGAAAUACAGCCUGAGCAUGCAGAGUUUCGCUCAAAGUAUGGGCCAAAUUUCUUUCCAACAUUUGAGGUUUUCCUGACUACAAACCCAAAGAAAGUGACUUUGACGGUCGAAGACGAAGAGAGGACAGAAGUUUGGAAACGCAAUGUUCCUCUACCAGGUCCAAGAAGGGAACAUGUUCAGACGAGCAUCCCUGCAGAGGACAGCCUCCCAGCAGAAGACAGCCUCCCAACAGAGGACAGGCUGCUGCUGGUUCGGACAAAGUUUAUUAAUGGAGUGUCUGAAGCUGUUCUAAACCAGCUUCUGGAUAAACUUCUUGAGCACGGCGUUGUAAAUGACGAUGAAAUGCAGUCAGCCGGAACAAAAAUCAGAGCAGAAAAGGCACGAGAUGUGAUUGACACUGUGCGAAGAAAGGGAACUGAAGCCAGCUCAGUUCUGAUUGCUGCUCUCUGUGAGGUGGAUCCAUGCCUUUCCAGAGUGCUCACAUUGAGAUGAAGCAAAAGCCAGAAACUGUGAAGUGAUAGGAGGAAUUUCUAUUUUACAGUCUCACAUUACCUAUUAUAAUCUUUAAAUGACAAGAUUUCUUGGCAAAGUCUGUAAGUGUACUUUGAUUCUUAAAGUGAUUCACUGAAGUUUGGAAAAAAGGGCUAACACUGAGAUCCAACAAAAAUUGAAAUCACUCCAUAUUUACUAUUAAGUGCACUUUAUUUAUUGUCUAACUUUUUAUGUAUGUGGUUAAAUGUGUGUAUAUAUUUUCAUAAAAAUUCCAAAAUGUUAGUAAAAGCAGCAUCCAACAUGUGCACUACUGAAGAUGUGGUAAAGAAGUCUGGUCUUGGUCUCAGCCACAUUAACUGAGUUUUACAUUCACCUUAUGUGAUUAGGUUUACUAUGUGCAUCACCCCGAUUAAUUAUCUUGAUCUGGGAUAACUAUGGCUUGGUCUACAUCAAUUAGUCUACAAAAAUAACACAGUAAAUAAAACACAGCAGUAAAGAAAAUUAAAAUAUCACUUACUGUUUGUAGAUGUAUUUGAAAUAAGUUAUUGCACCAAAAUUGAUCCAUGCUGAUUAGAUAGAUGGACGGAAAGCCACGUUGGACAGACAGAUGGGCAGACUGAUAAGACAGCCAUUUUGGACAGACGGUUGGCCGUGUUUGACACACAGAUGGAUAGGCACAGCAAAAAUGACGCAGCAGUGAAGAAAAUAAAAAAUGUCACUUACCAUUUGUAGAUGUAUCUAAAAUAAGUGAUUGCACCAAAAUGGAUCGACACUGAUAAGAUAGAUAGACAGCUGGCCAUGUUAGAAGGAUGGACGUAUGGACGUAAGGACGUAAUGACGUAAGGACGGCCGGACGGAUGGACAGCCAUGUUGGACUUUCGGUUUGCCAUGUUUGACGGACAGAUAGAUAGGCAGAGCAAAAAUAACACAGCAGAAAAUAAAAUAAAAAUUUCACUUACUGUUUGUAGAUGUAUUUGAAAUAAGUUAUUGCACCAAAAUAGAUCCAUGCUGAUUAAACAGACGGACAUACGAACGGCCAUGUUGGAUCGAUGACAGAUGAGAGAUCGAGGAGAGAGGGCCAAGCAGGUAACCAUACUGGAUUGAUGGACAGACAGGCACGGCGGCAAAGAAAAUAAAAAUAUCACUUACUGUUUGUAGAUGUACUUGAAAUAAUUGACUGCACCAAAAUGGAUCCAUGCUGAUUAGAUAGAUGGACAGACGGCCAUGCUAGACGGACUGACAGGCGGGCGGAUAGACAGCCAUGUUGAACGAACGGUUAGCCACGUUUGACGGACAGAUGGCUAGGCAUAGCAAAGGUAACGCAGUAAUAAAGAAAAUAAAAAUGGCACUUACUUUUUGUAGCUCUACCUGAAAGAAAAAAGGUUAUUGCACCAAAACUGAUCCAGUGGCUAUUACAAGGCUCCUUCAAUGCACAACAGACAACAGGCUGAGUAAAUGAUGAUGAGGGAGGGAGAUAGCUAUAGCGAUAAGGGGGGGUGAUUGAUAGGCACGGUGGCCGAGACGAGGCACAUUAAUGGCACAGUGGCCAACAAAAAACAGCACAGCAUUAAAGAAAAUAACAAUGAAACUUACUCUUUGUAGAUCUCUUGUGUAGAUCUUCUAGUAGAAUCUGAAAGAAAAAAACAACUUAGUCUGAGUCAAGUCUCAAGCCUCUGUUUCCAACUUGAUGGGCCCCGUUUUGUGGCACUGCCACAAUUUCCUGACCUUGAAAUUAGCUGUGUGAUAUUUUUAAGCUCAGAGCAAACAGUGUGCAGGAGAGGAACAGAGGAACAGACUUCUCAAAACCACUUGAGUACAUCAACCUUCCUAUAUUUAUAGAUUAAUUAGUGAUGCUAACAUUGUCAUCCACACAUACACAUAAUGAACACAUAGUGUAUAAUGAUCUGAUUUGAGAAGUUCUGUGACAGAG